AUAACAAUCUGCCACUGUGCACUGCUCACAAUACAUCAGGCAGCUUGACAGACGCUUGUCCUGUAAGCAUGUGGACGUAUCAGAUGAUAAGGUGGACUAAAGCCUAUAAAUACUGCUGCCAGAGUCUCCCAGUGUUUCAACUCUCUGCUGCUCCACCUGAUGAUCUGCUGUCUGAACCUCCUGCGUUCAACUCUUCUUAAAUGGAAAGAAACGCCUGCAGAAAAGACGCUUUUUCACGUCUUAUCAUGUGUGAUUUAACCGCGUCCUCCAUCUAUUAACACCAUGUCUCCUUGUGCGUAAAAUGCCGCGCUCGGUGCGUCCUGGCGCGGACGGUUCCUUGGAUAAUGUUUGGUGUCAGACGCGCUUCCUUCACGCCCUGCUGCUGCUGCUGCUGCUGCUGUGGGUCUGUGGUGCUGAGCAGGAGGCAGGAGUGGCAUCUCGGCGACAAAAUCUGCAUGAAAGAGCGCUCUUUAGAGCUCAGGCAUGCAUCGAGUAGUAGUGAGAUCAUUGGCGUUAUAAAUAUCCCAGAAGAGCUCCAGCUACUGCAGCCGGGCUAAUGCCCAGGAGCGCUGCUGCACGCGUCUGUGCGCACGGCUCAGACCUCAUGAGGAGCGACACCAAAAAUGCUCUAGUGUCUCCUUUUUUUGAAGAAUGCAUGUUCCUCUCUACCUUCUGACCGUCGCUGCUCACUUGGUUUGCGCUGCAGCCGCCGGAGCAGAGCGCGUCUCUGUCUCUUUGGAGCGCCAACUUGUGGAGGAGGAGAUGAGGUCUGGACGCAGGACGUGCAGGCUCUACUGUCGGGUUGGCAUCGGCUUCCAUCUCCAGAUUCAUCCCGACGGCAGAGUGAACGGCAGCCAUGAGCCCAACCAGCUGAGUGUCCUGGAGCUCUUUGCGGUGUCUCAGGGGGUCAUCGGCAUCAAAGGAGUCUACAGUAACAGAUUCCUGGCCAUGAAUAAAAGAGGACGGCUCUACGCCACCGAGUGGUUCACAGAAGACUGUAAGUUCAGGGAGCGUUUCCAAGAGAACAGCUACAACACGUACGCCUCAGUGAUCCACAUGAACCACCGGACCGGUCGCGACUGGUACGUGGCCCUCAACAAGAGAGGGAAAGCCAAAAUGGGGUCCAGCCCGAGGGUCAAAUCCCAGCACGUCUCCACUCACUUCCUGCCCAGGGUCAACCUGCACGACAAGGGCGAGCGAGGCUUCACCAUCACGGACAGGAGCAAAGAGAGGAGGAAAACGCCGCCGCCACCGCCGCCCAAACCUCCUCUGGCGAAGGCCGUCCGCUCGGGAACGCCACCAAGACCAAUCAAGUACUGGCCCAAGUACCGGUUUGGAUAGAAGUCAUUGGGUUUGGCUCCAUCUGGGGGAUACAGAGUUCAUAGACGCUGGACAUAGAAGUGGUGGACGAUCCCAAAAAACUGGUCAUUUAUGACAUUCGAAGCAUUCCGGGUAUCUACGUGUGAAAAACCUCAAAGGGCUGCCAGGUACGACUAUUGAGCUUUACUCUGCUGAAGCUAUGAUCAUAGUUGGGAGUUUCCUGUCCUGUUUUAUGUUAUCUUUUGUGUACAUGGUGAACUUAGGCAAUUAAUCUAAUUUAAAAUCAGAUACUGUUAAAGCUGAAAUCCAUAACUUUCUGCAUAUUUCUCCAUCAUUAUUUCAGUAAAUAAGGGACUGUACGCUAUUUAUUAUGGGACUAGAAAAGGGUAAGGGGUAUGUAUCUUUUUGCUAAAAAGAGGAUGCAUUGAAUUUUAUGGUAUAGCAGGAAAUGGUAUUUUAAGUUGUUUCUCACCCCAGAUUUACAUUUUAAUUCCGCAAUUUUUUGUGAUAUUUAUUUAUUUUUGAUAUCCAAAUAAUAAUAAUAAUAAUAAUAAAAAUAAAUAAUAAUAAAUGUGCAUUUUGCCAUAAGCAGACAACAACAAUCACAUCUUUGCAUCAAGGCUUUAUUUGCCAUAUUAUGAUCAAUUAGUAGCUAAUACAGACACAACUUCCUUUUCUAACUCAGGGGACGGUGUAAAGAAGAUGGUGAUAUUGAUGGGGAUGCUUUUGCAUUUUUAAAAAGUGAAACAAUUUUUGUACAGUCCCUAAAGUGAUGAAAUUAUACACCAAAGUAGAAUGGGAUAACAAAUUUUGUAAAAUAAAAGUUGUGGCAGAGUUGAAUAGACUUUAUUAUUUAUUAUUUUAUUAAUUAAUUUAAUUUAAUUAUAUAUAACACAAGAAAUGCAGCUCACUCUGUUACAUUGAAAACAAGACAAUUUAAAUAAUACAAAAUAAAUAAUAAAUAAUUUAUAAAUAAAUACAAAAUAAUAAAUGAAUAUAAAUUAUUAUUAUU